AUGGCGCCUCAAAAACCCUCAAGCAGUAAACACUCCAAGAAGAAACAAGACUCAUCUUUUCCUCCUGCGCAUGAUUUAAAAGGGCCAAUGACCAUUGGAAAUCAACAGUAUGUUCCGGAACCUCCAAACGAAAAGGAAAAAGACUGCAUUUAUAAAUCUCAGAAAAAGAAUGAAAAGGAGAAAGAAGAGGAUAAAGUCCCUAAUGAAGAGUCUGGUGAUGAAUCUCCAGAGUUAAUCCCUCCCCCUCAGAAGAAAAAGAAACUCAUGAAGGUCUCUUCCCAAAGGUCCAUUGCUAACCCAACCAGGAAGGAUCCUGCCAGUGCUUCCUCUGCCAAGCCUCAGUCGAAAGAUAUGGGGAGUGGGAAGUCCAGUUUUAAUACUGAAAUUCCUGAGGAACAAGUGGUUGUCGAAAAAACGCCUGAGAAAAUUCUGGAGGAAAUAGCCCCAGAGGCAGAUGUCUCCGCAAGUGACCAUGAUAUGCAAACCGUAGGAGAGUUCGACACCACUGUGGGUGAAGCCUCUGAAGACGAGUCUCCUCCUCAUCCAGGAUUACAUGCUGCACCUCAGGGUGAUGAUAUUGAAAUGGAGGUUGUGGUCGAAGAUACUCCUGAAGAUGAAGCUGCCAGAGAUGGGGACAAUCAGUCGAAACGAACAGAGGUCGAGCAUACUUCGACGCGAAGCACUCCACCUGCUCCUGACCGGGUCCAAGGGAGUAGCAAAUCAACUGGAUUCUUCUCAGAGUAG